AUGACGUUGCGAUUAUGCAUUUCAUUGAGUUUAUUGUUCGCAGUUGUAUCAGGUAGUAACUCUACUGCUUUUGUUUGUGGUAUUCCUCCAAACGAGUACUAUUCGAGUACACGUGAGUCUCCGAUGAUCUUACAAUUAAUAUUAUCCUUGAAGCAUGCCUCCAGCCUCGCAUCCGAAUUGGGGUAUGUCCUCAGGACACAAUCAAGAUAGCCGAUUGUAAUGGAAAUAGGGUUUUCUGUAGUGGCUUUAACGCCAAUAGAGUCCAGAUUCCUGGGAUCUGCUAUAACGGGGCUUGUUGCGCCAAUCAGAACUCCCAAUCUUGCAUCAAUAACCAGGGGAUGACUACUCCUUUAAUUUGUUCUUCCAAUUGCCCUCAAUUGGCCCCUUGUGAUCGAGUAUCUGGGUAUUGUUGUAUGCACAGAUCAAGGAUUAAUGGGAUGUGUCCGGACGACUCAAUCAAUGCUGGUUUGUGCACUUAUCCCAACUCGGUUUGUUAUGUAAAUGGAGCUCAAGGAAGAUGUUCAGCAAAUUAUGUUUGUUGUGUCCAAGCCCAACAACAACAAUGCCCGUCAGGAUCUCGGCCAUCAGGGAUCCAGUGUCAAUUCAAUCAGCAAUCUUGUAAUGCCAAUGGCCUCAGGGGAAUAUGCCAAUCAGGGCAAUGUUGUGUCUUCAGUCAGGAUCCUCAACAAUGUUCUGGUGGGGGUACUGUAGUCGGAAAUGGUUACUGUAAUGGAGACAAUUCUUGUCGGCAGUAUUCCCCGCAGGCGUAUUGUGAUUUAUCAAUUGGGAGAUGUUGUGUUUUCACAAAUCAGCAAUGCCAGAACGGAGAAAUUGCACAGGGAAGUUGUAGUAUGUCAGGGAAUAUAUGUCAGACAAAUGGAGGCCAGGGAACUUGUAGAAAUGGGAUCUGUUGUGUCUAUAGAUGUGCAACCAGCCAGUCUACAUUCAACGGCCAAUUAUGUUCUACCCAAAGUCAAUGCAGGGUCAAUUCUUUUACUGAUAUUGCUGUCUGUGAGAACGGUCAUUGUUGUAUUGGCCAAGGGAAUCAGCCCAACCAAUGUCCUUAUGGGACUUCUAUUAAUUAUAAUCUAAGAUGUUCUACUGAUAAUGAUUGUGUCUACAACAAUCGGAAUGGGAGAUGCGUUAAUAAUUACUGUUGUGUAAGCCAAGGAUCCAAUGGAGAAGACGUCUGCAGAGGAUAUGGAAUGGCUUAUACUGGAUUCAAUUGUGUUGGGAAUACUCAGAUCUGUGCAAGUCAAACGCAAACAACAGCAAUCUGCCGGGAUGGAUACUGCUGUUCACAAGGAGGAGGGACCAAUCCGGGAACGGGGCUUGGUAAGUUGUCUCUUCCCAUUAUUAACAAUCUUUAGGGAUUUGUUAUAAUGGAGAACAGUCAUCCAAAUUAUGCAGAUAUAGAAAUGAUUGUGGGAAUGGCCAGUUAUGUGUAAACGGAGUUUGUUGUCGUCAUACGGGGAAUGAAUGGAAAUGUAAGCACUACUGACUACUUAAUGCUUACUUUACAUAAAUUUAUAAGUAAUCUCUUUACAGUUGCUUGUGGUGGUAUCACCGCUGUUGCCAGCUGUACUCAGCAAGGUAGUUGUGCCAGCCAGAUGUCCUGCACAUCUUCCAAUUACUGCUGCGAAUGUCCUUAUGGCCAAUCUAGUGGAUCUUGCAAGCAUGGCUGUCCCAUCGGGUACUCCUGUGCCCAGAAUGGAUACUGCUGUCCGUCUUGUCAGAAUGGCCGAGAGCCCGUUGGAUCUUGUUUCGAAGGACGGUGUGGCGCCCAGUACAGAUGUCGUCCGGGUAACAUCUGUUGUCCAUCCUGA